CCCGCCCUCGAUCUAUCGCCAGCCUGCCCUCGAUCUGCCCUCAAUAUCCCGUCAAUCUGCCUGUGUGGCCCAUUCAAGUCACUCGGCAUGCUAUUCGCCAAGCCCUGUCGCCCAAUAACCGGCCGAGUCCCGCGACCCAGGCCCAGCGCUGGCCCAGGACAAGCGCUGCAUCUCCAAAGGCGCUCUCACCGAGCAUCCAUCUCCAUAUCCGAGCAUCCGAAUCCGCCCAGACAGAGCAGCAUACUGGCUCUCACACCCUUCGUAAAGCCCGCAACAGCAACAACGGACUAUGUCGUCAACCGCCACGAAACCAUCCGCCCGGCCUCGCUAUCGACACACCGCAUUGAUUCGUGUCGACUCGCGGACAAAGAUGGCAUUGCCCGAGCACCGCUGGAUACUGCACCGAAUCCGGUGCUAUAUGCAGAUCGAGCGGGCUACAAUAUCAGUAGCCAGCUGAGCGCGUCCCAGGCGGUGUUUUCGAUCGAUCGAUCGUUGUAUUCCAUGGUCCCUGUCCACCGGAUCAGCCCGGCGCUGUUUAACCGCCGACUCGAGACCGAUCGCAUAUUGGACGAGCCCCGGCCGCUCAAGGAGCUCAUUCGAAUGAUUCAAAAACAAGUGGACGUCACUAUCGACGAUAUAUACGCCUUCUAUGCUGCCCUCGAUCAUCCCAAGCUUGCCACCUAUUCCAAGUUUGUCAGGACCGUCUCCUCAAGCUUGAUCGCGGACGUGCUCCAGCUCAGGAGUGAACGUCUCGCCAUCACGAAAAUUUCAGAGAAAACCGGCCUCUCGCUCCAGAAGGUCAAUUUGGUUAUCAGGGUCUACGAGCUCGACGGAGUAGAUCAUGCCAUCCCCUCAUCGACCUCGAGACGCAGCAAGCGCACCGACCGCGAUCUGCAGAACCGAAUUUCGGAAUCGAACGGCGCAUCGAUACCAGCGGCUGCUCGCGACACCUUGGAUGCUAAAAGCACUGCAGCAGAGUCAACCAUUUCUGAAAAAGAGCCUGGCCUUCAAAGUCAAGCUGCGGAAGCCUCGGGAGGGUCACCCGUGCAGGUCACAGAAUCACCCGAAGCCGAAUCUACUCCUUUGGCAGCCGUUUCGACCCUCAAUCCAAACGCCCAGGCAAAGGCAAAAGAAAAGACGGGCACUGUAUCGUCUCCCUUUGCAUUUACGGCUUCGGAUAAUGGUGCCCAGUCACUGAAAGAACGAAAGCGACCAUCGAAGCAGCAAAACUCCACACCAGUGGUGGCAUCUACCGAUCCGCGGCUGGAGGCCAACGCCAACCUUUGCAGUCUGGAAUCGCUCGCUGAGAUAGAAAAUGAUCUGCUCGCCAAGUUAGGAUCGACAGCAUCAUUACAGAUCUCCCUUGAGAAGCCCGUCCCUGAGAGUGUUUUCACCAAGAGAAUGGCCGCGGUGAAGGCAGUCGAGAUUUCGUCCUUCCUGUCGCAGUGCGGUAUCAGCAUCAAAAACGGCUCAACCAAAAAACAAACUGUCCCGCUUUUAUACAAAGUGCUUUGCGAGGCUCACCAACAUCGACAUCGGCCGCUGGUGCUCUGCUCAGUGGAUCUCGGCAUCAUCAACAUUGCACACUCACGUUUCGUCCUGCCGCCGUGCCAUCAUCCGGACCAGACGCCGUUUCUCAUCAACUGGGAGCGCAUCGAUCCAAAGUUCCCCGAAGGCAUGAAUCCACACGAGUAUUUUCCGGGGCUGUGGUGGGCCGUGGACCGGAUUCUGGGCCAGCGGAUGCCGGAUCAGAUCCUGGUUGAGAGGCAGAGCGUUCGCACGCUGCCGAGUCUCCGAGGCGGCGUUGUCUCGAUGAUCGUCAAGCUCGUCCAGAUCGAGAGUGCCAUCCUGGGAAUUCUGAACGAGCGGCAGCGAUCCCAUCAUAUGGCUGCUUGCGUCGAGCAGAGCCCCAAGCUAGUUUCGAGCUAUUUCCAGCUGGACACACACAACCCGCGGGAUCCGCUUGAUCCUGAUUCCACUAUGGGCUACAGCGACCGGGCGGUAGCAAUGCUUUCGGAGCGAGACCCGUCUGUCGACAAGAAAAAGAGUGCCGUGCGCCUCGUCCGUGACUGGAUCGGCAAGAAGCAGAUCGCCGUGCUGGGUAUCCCCUCAAUAUCAACGGGGGUGCCCCUGGAGCCGGAGCUGGUCCAUACGCCCUGUAUGCAUGAGCUGAGCUCUGGUCCGGUGUCUACAGCUAAACCCGUCCGGCUGGGGAUGCCUGACGGAACCGCUGGCAAGCUGAUGAUUGAGCGCUUCAACAGCGAGAAGAAACAAGAUGACCUGAGCGACAGCCUGUUGAUGGGUGUGGCCUUUUGCGACUGGCGCCGCCGUAAGCUGGAGCUGGCCGACCAGUUUCUGCUCUGAGCGAUCGCCCGUAUCUGCUUCUGCAUUUGCACCCAAUAGACUCCCCCGAUCAUUCAUUCUUGCGGUGACCAAUUUACCAGAUCUAGCGCCGAGCAUCGUCCAGCCAGGAGCGGGAGCAAGGAGUCGGACUGUUUGGCGGGCCGA